AGCCAGGCAGUGACCCGGAAGCAGAAGUGACUCCCACAGGCUGAGUGCUGGGGAGCUGCAUCGGCGAUCGCAGCGGUAGAAGCAGCAAUUUAUCUGUGUGCAGCCCCAAACUGGGAAGAAGAUGCUAAUUAAAGUGAAGACGCUGACCGGAAAGGAGAUUGAGAUUGACAUUGAACCCACAGACAAGGUGGAGCGAAUCAAGGAGCGUGUGGAGGAGAAAGAGGGAAUCCCCCCACAGCAGCAGCGGCUCAUCUACAGUGGUAAACAGAUGAACGAUGAGAAGACAGCAGCUGAUUACAAGAUACUAGGUGGUUCAGUCCUCCACCUGGUACUGGCUCUGAGAGGAGGAGGUGGUCUUAGGCAGUGAUGGACCCCCCCCUCCAUUUCACCUCCUUGCCCUGGCGCUCAUUAUGAGGCAUCAUGUAUCCUCUCACACUGUGGGACACCAGAGCCACUGCCCCCUCUCCUGGAUGCCCAGUCUUGUGUGUCUGUUGGUGGGAGACUGU